UUUUUUUUUUUCCUUUAACCGAGAGAGGGAGAGGGAGAGAGAGAGAGAGAGAGAGAGAGAGAGAGAGAGGAAGCAUGAGAGUGGCUUCGAAGGUGAUCGUCCUCGUCCGCGACCCCGACGGGUUCGGCAUCGCCCUCGCCGACGCUCUCCGCCCCGCCCCCGAAUCCCACCUCACGAGAGAAUCCUCUCCCUUCGAGAUCUCGUUGGCUAAGUACGGCAUCACGGAUACCAGCGCCUCGGGCGAUUUGAUCCACUUCGUCGAUCCCCGCGGAUCGCCUCAGGUCUCUAUAUUGGUUCUCCCAAAUUAUGCACCUCCUGUUGCUGCAUGUGCGAUAAACGAAAUUGUUGGAUCAAUUACUUGGGCUAACUUUUCACAUCUUCCGGUCCUAAUACUUCCACUUAUCACAAAAACUCUAAAUGCUGAUCAUGAAGUCGCGCAUCGAGCAAAAUCAGCAGAGGCAAUUACCAUUUAUGGAGCUCAAAUAGGAGAUGCAAACAAUUCUGCUGAUACGUUAGUUUCUGGACUUGCCGUGCCGCCUCCGUCAUUUCAAAUUCGCAGCGAACCUCUCGCCUGCUUAGUUCAAGUUGUACGCGUGUCAAAAUUACCUACGGUUCUCCUUAUUGCUCCGAGCAGUGAACAGCAAAGUAAAGGAUCUGCUGAUCGUGAGCUUGAGGCGCUUUACGAAAUAGGGAACUUCUUGGCCGGCCGCGCUAAUUUGAGCUUCUCCAAAGAAAGCAUUCAGGACAAAAAGUUAGAGAAAUCGCGGGGUGCCCAAGAACCAUGGCGUGAAUUGUAUGGCUGAACUUUUGAGUGCGUAAAGAUCAGAAUCUAUCAGAUGAAGCCUUCAAUCGGCGAAGGAAGAAGCGGUUCCACGAACGGUGAUCGCUCGUCGAUCGCCGCGAGUGACGGCUGCCACAUCCCUGCAAACCUCACUCUCCUAUUGCUGAGCUUGACAUUUUCUUCCGCAAUCGCUUUGUCGGGUGCGGCGCGGUCAUCGCUCUUGCUCAUUUUCUUGCUGUCGCUCUCGGAUGCAUCAACUGUAUCAGGCUGAGGCGGAGAAACCCUUGGUCGCCGAGCGCGCUUCUGCAGCUUUAGUACCGUACGCCGUGGCACAAUGUAAAGCUUCUCGCCGGGCUUCAAGAUCUCGUCGGGAUGGACGACGGCCUCCCACGGCCGACGAAACACGUCGGGCCGCGCCAGCACCGCCAGUGGGUACCUUUCGAUUAUCGAGACCGCAGGGGUCGCCAUGUAGUAGGACUCCACGUAACCGCCGGCAUGGAUAAUUCUUAGCGGGCUCGGGGGUCGGUCGGGGAACGAGGCGGUGACUUUCUGCUCCGUCGGGUUUCGGAGAGCGCCGCUCGAUUUGGCGGCACGGCCUCCGAAGAUCUUGGAAAACAUUUACGGGGCGACAGUUACAGCAGUUACGGUCGGUAAGAUGGCGGCCGCCGGAGAAGCAGAAGGGCUACCAGAUGGCUGUGAAGAGGCAGAGAGAGGCGUGUUUAUACAGAGGAGUUGGCGGGAAAAGCAAGGAGGUAAAUGUAGGCCAUAUCUUUUUUUGUUUUUUUUUGCUAUUAGGAGUGUGUUAAGGAAUUAUUCUAUCAUUAUAUUCCUAAGACUUGGGCUUUAUACGAUAAUUAAUUAAUUAGGAAAGAUGAAAUCUAUGAUUCUAUUAAAUCAGUAAUAUUAUAAUACAGAUAAA